GGUCGACCGACUAAUCGUCGGCCCGGCUUCUGGUUGACAAGAACCCGCGACCUCGCAAUAGAAUCCGGCGUCAAGUUGGAAGCAAUCGGAAUCAGUUGAGUGCACCGAGCGUACCGAACCACUCGACUUCUUCGGCCCGCACACUCACACACACACAACCACCAUGUUUGCGUUCAGCGUCCUAGUAUGCGGCGUCGGGUUCGCCCUAGUGCGCUCGCAGCCCGCCCCCGUCGACUAUUACACCACCAAGUACGAUCGCGUCGACGUCGACGCUAUAUUGAACAAUAGGCGGUUGGUGAACUAUUAUAGCGCCUGCAUGUUGUCCCAGGGACCAUGUCCGCCCGAUGGGCUCGAAUUUAAACGAAUCCUGCCGGACGCGCUCAAGACGAACUGCAUGCGAUGCACCGAAAAGCAGAAGUUCCUGACCGUUCGCACGGUGAAACGGCUCAGGAAAGAGUACCCCAAGGUGUGGAAGCAGUUGGAGGCACUGUGGGACCCGGACGGCAUCUACAUCAACAAAUUCCUAAACUCAGUCGACCGCCCCACGGCGGCCACGCCCGCCCCCGCCGUCCUGAUCAGCAACCGCUUCGGCGACUACAACGAGACCAACGAGAUCGUCGGCUCGGCGUCCGCCAACUCCAACACCUUCAGUUCGGACACGCCCCUGGGCGCCGGUACCACCACCCGGGCCCCGAGUACCACCCGCGCCACCACGACCUCCCGUGCCACCACGACCACCCGUGCCACCACAACCGCCCGUACCACAACGACCACCAGCACCACCCGUGCAACUAGCACAGCCAGUACUACCCCUACUAAUAAAAUUAACACCAAGCCAACAACUUCAACACGGCCUACACGUGUUGUUGGCACUAAUCUGCAGGCGACGGUGAGUCUGGGUACUAAUUUGGUGGGGGGUUUCGUUAGGCAACUGGGCAAUAUCGGGGUUAAAGUUAUCGGUACUGGAGUGCAGAUCACCGAGAUGGUGCUGAAGGGCGUCCAGGCCGCCGUCAGUCCCAUACGGUAAAACGUGGCCGAAAUCGAUUGAAAACACAGGUGCGAAUUAAUUUGGAACCACCACUAUAUUAUCUGUUAUUUUGUCCUUCAAAUUAAAUCGUUAGGAGCCAAUUAAAACAAUGUUAUUAAAUCACCGAUAAUCCCCAUCAGUUACCUAAUUUGUGUCAUUAAGGAAAUUUUGUGUUUUUAAUAAUCAGGUUUGAGAAGAUGAGGUUGUUGCCACAAAAUAUAGAUUUAAUACCCUACAAUAUUUUUCGCUUCGAUAAAUUUUUAAAAAUUCCCCAUGAUAUUAAUAUUAAUUAGUCCUUAUUUGAAUAAUGCUUUUAUUAAUUAUACAGUCUUGCACAAAUUAAAUUGAGUAAUUUCUGAUUAAUUAGUCGCACGUAUUUCUGCAAUUUUUAAUAAAAGUAAUAAAGCUGUUAAAUGACAUUAAGUAAUAUUAUAUAUUGCAACCCACUAACCAAUUAUUUAUAUAUUAAAGGAAGUACGUUAAAUUAAAGCACGAGAAUCACUUAAAACGUAAAAAUUAAAACUCAAGGACCAAUCUGGCUGUUAUCAAUUUUUUACACAUUUUUGAAUAAACCUUCAUUUCAAGAGGAUGCGUUAUAAAAUAUGCAACAGCUUCCUCAAAUUACGUUGCUGUAAUUUUAAAUAUUGUUUCUAGUGCCGACACUAAUAGAUUCUAAAUAUAAACAUUAAUCACAUUUAAGAUUUUUAAUUUUGCAAUUUGCGGUCAACAUUGUCAUUUAUUAUAUUAUUUAACGUUCCUUUAAUAAUACAUUGGUUUCUGAUUAAAUCAAUCGAAAUUAAAAAAUUCAUUGGUAUAUUAUAGAAAUUGUCCGAAGUAAAUAAAUCAAUCGCACCUAUCUGUGUAUGGAUUUGGCCACGUUUUGCUUUUCAGAUAUUGAAAAAUGUUUGUGCACUAACACCCUUUAAUUAUAUUUGUGACUAACCUUCACACCCCACCAACCACCAAUAAAUAAAACCAUCAUCAACUAAAACAUUAUUCUUUCAGGACAAUCUAAUCAAGGCCAUAGAAAAAAUGGUAUCCGAAAUAUACAGAUACAAAAUGCAGUAUAUUAGUAGACUUCUAACAGUUAACGGAAGGUAGAAUGGUUGUACGGCGUUGGUAGUACAUUAUUUAGAAAACGGAACUGAUUGAAUACGUGAUAUUUAGGUGUUAUUUAGAAACAAACAGUACAUGUUUGUUCAAAUUAAACCGGUAACUCUAUUUGUCAUAACUAAAACAGUAGUACAAUCAUUUUAGAUUUAGCAUCACAUAUUACAUUUCUGUGUAUUUACUAAUUUGCGAUUGGCUUUAAUAGUUUAGUUCAUUACAUUUGUAGGAACGGGUAGGUUUUUAUUUCAUUUGCUUACAGACUCUGUUGAUGAUUAUGUUGUUGUUUAUAUACCUAGCUUCAGUAUACCAAUGGAUUCAAUUAAUGAAUGAGUAUCGUUUCUUGUGAGACGAUUAUUUACAUACAUAUUUUGAUUGCUUUUCCUGUAGUUGUUUAUAUUGUUUUGCCUUGCCAUUUAAGAUAUAUUUAUGUAUGUAUUUAUAGUAAGCUGGAAUUUAUAAUGUGUUUAGGCAUAUAUUAUACUUGUGAUAUUUGUUUUAAAUUAAAACGAUAAAAAUUU